AGAAAGUUAUAUAUUAAUUACAUCCUGAAGUAAUAAUUCCAUUCAUUAGUCCCCCAUAAAAAAAAAUGCUUUCUCACAUUUCAACUUCUCCUUUCUUCCUCCGUCCAUCUCUUCUCCUUCCUUCCACCACUGCCAAAUUACCAUAUUACCCUUUUCAAUUCCCAAUUCAACAAAAACGGCACCGUUUUGUGUUAUCUGAAACUAGAGCAGCAGCAGCAACUUCAAUGGAUAGUGUUGCUAUUGAAAAUGUUGAAAAGAGGUGUAAAUUGAGUUUAGAAGAGCUUAAUUGGGAUAAUUCUUUUGUUAAUGAACUUCCUGCUGAUCCUAUAAAUGAUAAUAUUCCAAGACAGGUAUCUCGUGGAUGUAAACUGGCCCAGACACCAUGGUCAGCUUUCGCGCAAUUCGACGGAAUCCAGCGGAUACCUGUCACCUCCUACUAGUAAUAACUGGUGAUACCAGGUAACUCUGUCUAUCAAGGCUGGGAUGGAUAGGAAGAAUCACCUAGUGUUUUUUCUAUACGGGGAAUAGACCGUGAGACCUCAUGGUACUCAACCAUCUUAGUGACCACUAGUCCACACCCUUGGGUGCUUAAUUUCUUGAAGAUUUUGUAUUCAAGAUUGGGUUUUUAUUUGAUUGAAUGUAAAAAGGUGUUCUUUUUAUU